UGCGCGGCCGCGACGCCCGACGCCGGCGGGGCAGCGGCACUCUGGGCUCCGCGCUGCCGGUGGUAUCUGGCGCGAACCCACGAGGCUCCGGUCCGUUCGGCGCAGGUAGGCGUCGUCCCGCUUGCACCGCCGACUGGGCCCCUCUUGGAUGUGGGAGCGGCGCGCCCUGGCGUUGCGUUUUCUCAACGGUGCCCGAGGCGUUGGCCCUCGCUGCCGCGGGCGGACGAUGGGAGAUUAAGAUGGUUCAUGCGAAAUAGGUAUUUUUACAUGGUAUUAACGGAGCUAGCUCAACUGGGACAAGCUAGGAAAACUAGUUGGUUUCUGCUAUUUCUCCAAAGACACCUGAUGACUGUCCUUUAUACUGAAGUUUGGUUAAGGAGGCACUUAGAGGACAGAAAUUGUUGGUAAUGAUGAAAGAUAGAAGGAUUUAUUCUUUCAGAAAAAAAAAAAAAUUCCUGGGCUGUGACCUGUUUAGACUGAAGUGGACCCAUUAAAGGUGUUUAGAAAUGUAUCUCAGUUGAUCAAGAUUUGGAUCACAGAACUUUCUGAGGAUCCAUGGAUGUGUUUGUUUGCCAUCACUCUGGAGAUCAGUGCCUGCCAUACUCCCUCAACUGGAGCACUUUGGGAAGAGGUACUGAUCUAGACUGCUGGAAUCAUCAUCCUCAGGCAGAAAAUCACAGGAGGAACGGUGUGGAGUGCUGGCAGCCCCUUCAUGUUGCUCAACACAGAAAGGCUCAUGUAGUUCAUGACAGGGAGCAUCUGAAAGGCUGGGACUCAUGGGAUGAGUGUUUCCUGAAGUGCCAGAUUCUUAGACUCUGCAAGUAAAGACAACCUCAUGUUCACAGUAUACCAUGGCUUCAUCAUCAAGGUCCAAGAUGCUGUUGCAGUGGGAGUGCCCUCCUCUUGGUCAAUGCUUUAGUGGAGUUUUCUGCUGAAGCACUGGCUUUCCUGCAUGGCCUCUCUUCAUUCUGUUUCCUGUCAUCGCAGCAGCCUCACUACUGGGAGAAGAACCAGCUCAAAGCUGAAGUCCAUGAAGUUGCUUGAGGUUCUGAAUGCUCUGGAGCAGGAGGAGUCUGGCCAGAGUAGGGAGGAGAUCUUCAUUGCACCACCCAACAAUGCUUCAGGGGACUUCACUGAUGAGGACUCGGGUGAUGAAGAUGGCCGGCGAGGAACCCACCUGCCUGGCAAUGUGCUGCAUGCCUUUGUUGUGCCUGAGGACUCUGGCACUGGGGAGGAUGAUGAUGACCUGCAGCUGCAGCCAGCCAUGAAGAAGCAAAAGGCAGUAGUGGAACCUCAACAUGUUUGGACCAAAAGAGAUAUCUGCCCGGACUUCACCAGUUGGACAGCAUCAGAUCCUCAUAUGGAGGAUCUCAAAAGCCAGGAACUGAGUCCUGUAGGCCUCUUUGAAUUGUUUUUUGAUGAAGGAACAAUUAAUUUCAUUGUUAAUGAAACCAAUCGUUAUGCUUGGCAGAAGAAUGUCAACCUGGGUCUCACAGCCCAGGAAUUGAAGUGUGUUUUGGGCAUUUUGAUAUUAAGUGGGUAUAUCUCCUAUCCAAGGAGAAGGAUGUUUUGGGAAACAUCCCCUGAUUCACAUCAUCAUCUUGUGGCUGAUGCAAUCAGAAGGGACAGAUUUGAACUGAUCUUCUCAUACCUGCAUUUUGCAGAUAACAAUGAGCUUGAUGAAAGUGAUAGGUUUGCCAAGGUGAGGCCUCUCAUUGUCCGCAUGAACUACAAUUUCCAGAAGCAUGCACCCUUGGAAGAGUUCUACAGCUUUGGCGAGUCUAUGUGUGAGUACUUUGGACACCGGGGGUCCAAGCAUCUGCCUGCGGGGAAACCUGUGCGGCUGGGCUACAAGAUCUGGUGUGGAACGACCAGCAGGGGCUAUUUGGUGUGGUUCGAGCCCUCACAGGGCACACUGUUCACUAAGCCAGACAGGGGCCUGGACCUAGGAGGCAGUAUGGUGGUGAAAUUUGUGGAUGCACUUCAGACACGUGGGUGUCUGCCAUACCACAUCUUUUUUGACAAGGUUUUUACAAGUGUCAAAUUGAUGUCCAUUUUAAGGAAGAAAGGAGUGAAGGCCACAGGAACUGUUCGUGAGUACAGAACUGAACGAUGUCCCCUUAAAGAUCCCAAAGAACUGAAGAGAAUGAAGAGGGGUUCGUUCGAUUACAAAGUUGAUGAGAGUGAGGAGAUCAUCGUGUGCCGCUGGCAUGAUAGCAGUGUGGUCAACAUCUGCUCCAACGCUGUGGGCAUAGAGCCAGUGGGGCUGACCAACCAUCACUCGGGAGCAGCCAAGACGCAGGCCCAGGUUCAUCAGCCAUCCCUGCUGAGGCUGUACCAGGAGAAGGUCGGGGGUGUCGGCCGCAUGGACCAGAAUAUCGCCAAGUACAAGGUGAAGAUCCGGGGUAUGAAGUGGUACUCGAGUUUCAUUGGCUAUGUUAUUGACGCUGCUCUUAACAAUGCAUGGCAGCUGCACAGGAUAUGCUGCCAUGAUGCCCAGGUGGACCUUCUGGCCUUCCGGAGAUACGUGGCCUGCGUGUACCUAGAGAGCAACGCAGAUACAUCAUCCCAAGGGAGGAGAAGCAGGCGGCUGGAAACUGAGAGCCGCUUUGACAUGAUUGGGCACUGGAUCAUCCACCAGGACAAGAGGACCCGGUGUGCCCUGUGCCACUCACAGACCAACACCCGCUGUGAGAAGUGCCAGAAGGGCGUCCAUGCCAAGUGCUUCAGGGCGUACCACAUCCGGUAAUGCAUCCUGGGCAGAGGGAGCCCCCUGGAUGCUUGGUUUGUUAUGAGAUGUUUACAGCUAAUUACAUAUAGCAUUUGGGGCAUUUGUGUGUUGUGUUGACAAAAAGAGACGUGAAUCCCUGAUUUGGUUUUGUAUUUUUCCUCGUCUUCAUUACAGUUAUCUUUUUAUCAUCUUCUAU